ACUAGUUUCUAUUCCAAUCUUGAAUUCGACGAUGAUCAACCCAAAUUGGGCUAAAGAUUGUCAACCAAACUGAAGCCUAUCUAGCCACUAGUGGGGAAGCCCAAAGGCCCAAGGUCAAGUCUAAUGACGCUAGCAGUUUUACCAAAGAUGGGUAGUUGAGUUGAUUGAGCGGCAAGGUGCGCAACUCUACUAAGAUCACAAGUUCUACUUCCAUUACGGGCUCCUUCAGCCAUUCAGCCCUAUAUUCUCAUAGGGGCAUAGGGCUAUCACGAAAAUGAUGGGCAAAUCCAGUUAGGUCCAUUGUCAAAGUGGAUUGAUGACUCGAGGUUUGGAUUUGAUCCAACUGACGCAAACACUAGCAGUUUUCUCAAGCAUUGAAAUUCUGAUAAUAAAUUUUUUUUUGUAUGAUGAUAUUUUAUAUUAAUAUUUAUAUAUGUAUUCGAAACCCUUUUUGCCUAAUAACAAAUUUCUUUUGGUCUGAAAGUAAAACCCUAAGUGCGAGUUGCGGCGGGAAAACUUCAAAGGCCCAAUUCAACUACAAAUAUUUUAUUUCUUUCCUUGCCCGCGUACCAGCUUCGAUGAUCGAUCUUCCUUCCUGAACAAAUCAAAUUUUGCUCCGAUCAUCUUUAUUGUGAGUUUCCUAUCCAGACCGCUUUCUCUCUCUCUGAUUUACUUGGCGGGAGAAAGAAGAGAUGGGCUGGAACUACCCAGAGAUAUCCUUGGAGGAUACGAUUAAGUUGAUAAAAGGGUUUGUGGAUAUACUGAUUCUGGGAUCUGGGUAUCAAUCAUCUGGUCUUCAGGCCCACUGGGAUAUUCACAAUAUCAAGAAAGCCUUGCAGUGGGGUUCCUUCUUCGAGAAUUUCUUGGGGCACUUGAGCAGCUCAGAUGUUUACAAGAGUUCAGUGAAGGAACUUGAUGCGGCUAUCUCUGAAAUGACAUCCGAUCCAUAUUUCCCUCAGGGUCUUGCUCAUCUAUCAUCUGCUACCCUUUGUAGGGCCAGAAAGUUUGUAUUAAAACAUUUGUUCCAUACUCUACCUUUGAGAGAUAUGCAUCUGAGAGAUUUUCUGUUGGCCACAAUUGAGACAGAUCUUAAUCAGCUUUCAAAAACUGAUCAUGAUUGCCUCGAUGUGUACCUAAACAAGUUAAGGCUGCAAAACUCAUCAGUAGACUCAGCUCCAUCUAUGAGAGGUUUAGCAGAGAAAAUUGCUCCAAGUCUCAUUAUGGAGUCGGACAAUGAUUCAACAACAGUUACUAUUCACGAGCUACUUAAGAGGCAGUCCGCAGUAUCAUGUUUAUCAAUGACCGAGAGAGGCUUGGAUGUAGUUGCAAAAACCAUGAGACACAACAGUUGCCCUGAGUUUGAUAAUGGAUUAUAUGAAGAACAACUGAAGCAUGAAAAACAUUUUGCUGCUCAUACAUUCACUUUUCUGCACAAUUCUGUUCAAAGGCAUAAACUGAACUUUGGUUUUGUACUCUGCAGCUUGGAUCAAUUGGUUGAUUUUGUCAUAUGGGACCGUUGGAAAUCAAAAAACCUCUCAUACUUCCUUGACAAGAGAACUGUUAAACUAGUCUCAGGUGCAAGCCUAAUGUUUUCUGCCCCUAAUGUUCAGUGGGCCCAGGUAUUGGAACGGGUGAAUAGCUCACCAGAAACUGAGGACGUUAUUUUGCUUGAAACAAUUGAGCUCUUAUUACUUGGAUGCAUCUUUGACAGAUGGAAUCAUCUAAUUGAAUAUUUCAUGUCAGUUUCUUAUAAUUCCAUUACUGUCUCCGAAAUGUAUCGUGGAGUGUGCAAUUUACGGCUGGGAAGAUCUCAAAGUUUUCAUUCUCUAAAGGAAACAACAAAUUCAAAGGAAAGCAGCAUUCUUGUGUAUUUGGCUGAACUUCUGGGUGGUCAUCUUCAUCAGUUGCUGAAACUAUCCCCUGCCCUCGUUGCAGCUGCGAUUCCAAUCUGGUCGCCUCUCUUUGGAUCAUAUAUAAGUGAGAUUGAGACUCUACUAAAAGGGGAAUUUUCAAAAUUGAGAUGUUGUAGUUGCAUUCAAGAUGAGGACCACAAAGACUGUGAGCUGGCGGAGAGAAUUUGGUGCCUUUAUGUGUUCAAUGUUUGUAGCUCUCAUCAAAAGUCUGGUGGCACUGUUGCUUGACAGUUGAGUCGCAUGUUGAUGGUCUUUGGUAAGCACUGUUUUUACGCACAUUACUAUGUGGCCCAUUACACUUUUUUGCACUCUAUCUUCAUGCUAGAAACAUUAUGUGCAUGAAUAGUUCUGUACUUCUAUUGGCAGUCAUACUAUGGCCAUUUCACUAAGAUUUAUAUGUUAAAUUCUUUGAUUAUGGUCAUCAAUAUCUCAAGAAAAACAUUUUCAGA